UGUAUGUUCCCGUUCGUAAACUUUCACUCGUCCUCCGAUCGCGCAAAGCGCAGCUUCCGCACGCCAUGUCUCGUCGUAGGCGUCCUACUGCCUUCGAAGCAGCUUCGUUAGGAGAGUCUACCGGUACAUCUGACGUAGAUCGCAAGCGAGUUCGCGACAGCGAUCCCGAAACGCGAAGAGCAAAGCGCCGUAAUCUCGAUGGAACUCCGAGGCCCCCACGAAAGUAUGAGCCCAGGCCAUACGAAAAACAAGAGGCUGCAGGUCUCAGGCUCCUCGGUGAAGAACAAUACUUGAUCAAUCCAGAUGAUAGGCAUAUCAGAAUGCUCUCUCGCUUCGCGUUUUUCGACCCAAAUCACGAGUUGGAGAUAGAUGAACUCGAAGUCGAAGUCGAAGGCGCGGGCUUUGCGGCUGCAAAGUUUGAAGUUGAAGACGAAGGUCAAGAGGAUGACUUGGAUGGGGACGUCGACGAGUUGCAGUAUAUUCGUCUGACAACUGUGCGGCGCUUUGUUAUCAACUACUUGUACGAGGACCGCCCGGUUUAUGUCGAAACCGAUCAUGCAAUUUACGAACUAUUCGAACCAUCUAAGAAGUAUCGACGCGAAUAUCGGUCAUUCUACAAGCCUCGGCGAGUCAUGCAACUCAUCAUUUCUUCCGCGUUCGAGGAUCCCGACAGGGAGUUCGCUGAGUUUGUGCAGCACUUCACGUCACUGGAGGUCCUUGACCAGCCAUUGGUGGAGCGAGACCUGUGGGAUGUGGUCCCCAAAUUAAAGCAGGUCCUGGAGACUAUUUACUAUGGUGAUCGUGUUCGGGAAAGUCACACCGUUUCAUACUUGCUGUCCAGGGAUGCACCGAAGUUUCUAAAGAUGGUUGAUGUCACGAAACUUAGGAGGAGGUCCCCUCCAAUUCCGGACAUCGAGUACAAAGGCAAUCUAGACCUUGCGACUCUUCGACCCGAAAAUCAAGUGCCAACUCAUGUGACGCCCCGUAUAUCCCAGCUUGCACUUGGGUUAUUUAGAGAAAGGUUACGAGUCGUUGGGCCUCAACCAGUAGCCGAGCCUGAGCCACCAUAUGCUGACUUGACGAAGAGGGUGAAAGGCUUCAUAAUACGAGUAUCUAUGCGUAGGCAGCUGGAAUUCUCGCGGCAACAGCGCUUGAAGCCUCGUUCACGAUAUCUCAAAUAUCUAACAAUUGACCGUUUGGAUUACAACGUUGGGGAUACUAUAGUCUCUGUGGUUGGCGAGGACACCGACAGGCGUUCCAUUCCUCCCGAACUUCCGCACCCUGAUGAUGUCUCACCGACAGACAUCCUGGCGGACUAUUUCUGGUUUGCUAGAAUAGUGUGGCUCGAUUACGAAGACGAAUUGACUUGCAUGGCACAACUCGGACAUCCUCAGGAACUUUUCCUUACCAAACGCUGCGACAGCAUUAACAUGAGCUUCAUUAUUGGGAAAGUCCAGGCGCAUUACAUCGCCCCGGGGCAGACACUCGCCGAGGUGUCGCCACACGACUUCUUUUAUAGGUAUGCUAAUAGUAUGAAUGGGACGACCACCUUGGAACAGUUCAAGAGUGCAAACAUGGAAAAAAUUACAGCUGCUCAAGAAAACCAUCCACCGGACUGUUGUCACGUAUGUGAUAUUAAGAACAAACUCGAUCAGGACCGGCUUGCACUCCCGAUAGAGAACGGUGUAGCGUGGCAUGCCCGAGAAUAUCACAUCGACGACUUUGUCCUCAUCAGGGCUGAUGACGGGCCAUGUCUUAUUGGCCACAUACGCGGCAUCCUUCUUGAACCGGAUUCGGAUAAUGAAGACGACAACAAGAUCGUUGUAACGCUCCUCGGACGGGUAGACAAGGUACAUUGCCGGCCGGAAACCGUUCUGAAAGAUGAGCGGCACUUGUUUUACACAGAUGAGAGGGUGAGAAUCGUUAUAUCUGACUUGGUUGGGAUCUGUUUUGUGGUGGUCAGCAGCUCACUGCCCGAGAUCGAGGAUUGGAAAGCGGUUUCUCCGCUCCACUUCUAUAUCAAGUAUAGACAUCCUGUGCUUGAUGUCAGGUCAUGGGAUAAGAUGGAGGAGAUGCUGCCGCAGGAACUGGAGGUAUGCCAGCGCUGCCUAGACCCAAAUCUUGAAAACUUGAGGGACCUGGACGAUUACUUUAAGAAGGGGCCACGAAGGAACGCAUCGGCGGAGGUCAAGGUAUAUAAUCAAUGUAGCAAUCGAUUGCUUCGUCAAGCCAUAUUGUUGCACGGGGGAAAAGACCCCGACCCCCUAAGGGCAAUAAAUGGUGAUGCACUACCUGACCCUCCAAUGCCAGGUGACAUAGACUGUAUUCGUAACGGGGUUUCCUUGGUGGGCUUCCAACCUCAUUCGCAGAUGAAUAUGUUCCAGAAAGCGGAUGAUCGCAAAAGCAAUCUUAUACUCAACAUUUUGUCUUGGGUGGACUUCCUCAGACCACGAUAUUGCAUUUUCGAGAACGUCAGAGGGUUUUUGACUUACAAUCUGAAGGCACGACAAGAUGGGCCGCAUCGACUUAAAGGAGGCAUUCCUAUGGGUGGGUUUAAACUGCUCAUACGAGCGCUCAUUGAUAUGGAUUAUCAAGUACGUUUCAGCCUAUUACAAGCGGGCCACUAUGGAACUCCGCAAACACGAACAAGGUUUUUCUUGAUUGCGGCGGAUAGAAAACAUGAAUUACCUGAGCUGCCGCAACCCACUCAUGAUUUCCCCCUCCCGAGCGGAAGAUCGAUAGAGCCUGUCAGAACGGUGCCAGGAAUUGCACCUCACAGAUUCGUCUCUACCCGUGAUGCAAUUAGUGAUCUUCCUGUGUUUCAUUGGAAAAACCCGAAAAGGAAUUACACCAGGGAGCAAAUGCGUGGCCUUAAGCACAUUCGGUGCGACGAAAGCAAACCAUGGUGUGGCUUGUCAGGACCAGAUGUCGCUUAUGAACAUGAACCCCGAACCACCUUCCAGCUAUGGUGCCGGAAGAUGGCAACGACAGAUCUUCAACACUACACUCGCACGUAUGAACCGAUAAAAGUCGAACGGGUCGUCACGAUUCCCUUUGGUGACGAUGCUGACUACCGGACCUUGCGACCUGAUCUUUGGGAAUGGCAGUUCAAUAACCCACUUUCUGCAACUGCCAGAGACGGCUUCCGACCUGGGUAUUAUGGCCGCGUGCCGAAAGAUGGAUGGUUUCAAACAACUGUCACCAACGUUGACCCGACAGCCAAACAAUGUCGCGUACUGCAUCCAUAUUGUCGGCGCAUUGUAACGGUCCGCGAACUCGCCCGCUCACAAGGAUUUCCUGACUGCUUUGUCUUCUAUGCAGUUGAUGAUCGUGUUGUCACGAUGCAUAGACAAAUCGGAAACGCGGUUCCUUGGCCUCUCUCCAUGGCUAUUGCACGUGAAUUUAGAACAGUGCUACUCAAGAAAUGGAAAGAAGGGAUGGCUGAGGAUGUGAUGGAGAUUGACUGAUGGAAAUAGGGAAACUUA